GGCUGCGCCCGCGACUCCGCAGCCCAAGCGCAUUUAGUGGGGCGGCCGGGCAAGGGAGCGCGCACGGAGCGCGGGACGGAGCGCCGGGCGGACGGACCGACGGACGGACGCCCCCGCACACGCAGACGCACAGAGCUCGGCGCGGCCCCCGUCACACACACACACACACACUCGCGCAGACACACACAGGAACACACGCAGACACACGCACACUCGCGCGCGCAUAUCCUCCCGCCAGCCUGCCAGCCCGCCCGCUCGCCGGUGCCCGGAGCCCGCUCUGGCCGUGUGCUUUUUGCUGAGAAGCUUCCGGCCCUGGCCCCCGAUGGCGCCUUUCCCCAUCUGGACACCUUGGGAAUGAAUUAUGAGGAAGCCAGGAGCGAGAGAGAGAAGCCCCCAGCCGAUGACUCCGAGGGAGGGGCCCUGGACAUGUGCUGCAGCGAGAGGCUGCCGGGUCUCCCCCAGCCGGUAGUGAUGGAGGCGCUGGACCAGGCCGAAGGGCUCAUGGACUCGCCCAGAGAGAUGCCUCCGCCCCUGCCGCCUUCACCGCCCUCGGAGCCUGCUCAGAAGCCGCCACCUCAAGGCGCUGGGAGCCACUCCCUCCAUGUCAGGAGCAGCCUGUGCCUGUUGGCUGCCUCGCAGCUCCUGCUUGCCUGCGGGGUGAUCUGGCUCAGCGGCUAUGGCCCCAUCUGGUCACAGAAUGCCACAGACCUCCUCUCCUCCUUGUUCACACUCCUGGAACAGCUGGGACCCACGGCCUGGCUGGGUGUUGGCACCUGGGAAGUCCCCAGUCUGCUGCUGGUUACUCUGUCUGUGAUCCUCAUUACCACCCUGGCAUGGCACCUCCUAAGGGCCCCCCCAGAGCCACCCACCGCACCGCCCCCUGAGGACAGGCGCCAGUCAGUGAGCCGCCAGCCCUCCUUCACCUACUCCGAGUGGAUGGAAGAGAAGGCCGAGGAUGACUUCCUGGACUUGGACCCCGUCCCUGAGACUCCUGUGUUUGACUGUGUGAUGGACAUCAAGCCCGAGGCCGACCCUGCCUCGCUGACUGUCAAGUCCAUGGGUCUACAGGAAAGGAGGGGCUCCAACGUCUCCCUGACCCUGGACAUGUGCACACCGGGCUGCAAUGAGGAGGGCUUUGGCUACCUCAUGUCCCCACGAGAGGAGUCAGCCCGGGAGUACCUGCUCAGCGCCUCCCGGGUCCUGCAGGCCGAGGAGCUUCACGAGAAGGCCCUGGACCCCUUCCUGCUGCAGGCAGAGUUCUUUGAAAUCCCCAUGAACUUUGUGGAUCCAAAGGAGUAUGACAUCCCUGGGCUGGUGCGGAAGAACCGGUAUAAAACCAUCCUUCCCAACCCCCACAGCAGAGUGUGUCUGACCUCACCAGACCCUGAAGACCCUCUGAGUUCUUACAUCAAUGCCAACUACAUCCGGGGCUAUGGUGGGGAGGAGAAGGUGUACAUCGCCACUCAGGGACCCAUCGUCAGCACGGUUGGGGACUUCUGGCGCAUGGUGUGGCAGGAGCACACGCCCAUCAUCGUCAUGAUCACCAACAUCGAGGAGAUGAACGAGAAGUGCACUGAGUAUUGGCCGGAGGAGCAGGUGGUGUACGACGGUGUGGAGAUCAUCGUGCAGAAAGUCAUUCACACUGAGGAUUACCGGCUGCGACUUAUCUCCCUCAGGAGUGGGACUGAAGAGCGAGGCCUGAAACAUUACUGGUUCACGUCCUGGCCCGACCAGAAAACCCCAGACCGGGCACCCCCACUCCUGCACCUGGUGCGGGAGGUGGAGGAGGCAGCCCAGCAGGAGGGGCCCCGCUGUGCCCCCAUCAUCGUCCACUGCAGCGCGGGGAUCGGCAGGACGGGUUGCUUCAUUGCCACCAGCAUCUGCUGCCAGCAGCUGAGGCAUGAGGGAGUGGUGGACAUCCUUAAGACCACGUGCCAGCUCCGCCAGGACAGGGGCGGCAUGAUCCAGACAUGCGAGCAAUACCAGUUCGUGCACCAUGUCAUGAGCCUCUACGAGAAGCAGCUGUCCCGCCAGGCCCCAGAGUGAUGGUACUCCUGCCCUGAGGUCCUCUGGGCACCACUCAACCUGAGUCUGGGCCGCCACCCUGGCCGCGUGCAGAGCCCUGCCUUGGGCCUGGCCUGCCCCCCCCCAUCCCUGCCCCUCCUGCUUCCUUCUCUUCAGUCUGCUCCCUUCUU